AUGAAUAAUAUAGAUUUAAAAAAGAUAACAGUAGACGAUUUAAAAGAGUUACAAAUAAUUGGGAAAAAAACUUUUUAUGAAACUUUUAAAGAUGGAAAUACAGAAGCAGAUAUGGUAAAAUAUUUACAAGAGGGUUUCGAAGAUCAAAAACUAAUAAAAGAAAUUCAAAAUGAAAAUUCAGAAUUUUAUUUUGCAAUUGACAGAGAAUCUGAUAAUGCAGUUGUGGGUUAUUUAAAAUUAAAUAUAGGUCAAGCACAAACCGAAAUUAAAGAGAACAACAGUUUUGAAAUUGAACGAAUAUAUGUAAUUCAAGAGUAUCACGGUAAAAAAGUGGGUCAAGUUUUAUUUAACAAGGCAUUAGAAAUUGCAAUUAAUAAUAAUAAUAUAGAAUAUAUAUGGUUGGGUGUUUGGGAAGGUAAUCCAAGAGCAAUACAAUUUUAUAAAAAGAAUGGAUUCAUAGAAUUUGAUAAGCAUAUUUUUGUGUUGGGUAAUGACGAACAAAUUGAUAUCAUGAUGAAAUUGGUAUUAAAAAGAUAA